CCGAGCGGCCGGGCGGGCAGGCGGCUGGGCAGUCGGUGCCCAUGAGCCGCGCCGAGCGGAGUGCAGCGCAGCGCCCAGCCCCGGCCCACCUGGCGCCAGGUGACAGGUGAGGAAACCGAGGACCAGAGGAGUUAGGUGAUUUGCCAGGGUCACAUGAGAGGUACCCCGGUGUCCUCCCCGAAGGGAUGAAUCCAUCUGCUCUGAGCUAAAGAUCGGGUUCCUUGCUCGGCCGCUCGCCCGCCCCCGCUGCUCGGCAGGAUGAGGGCCUGGAAGGCCGUGGCCAUCACGGGGGCCUUCAUGAGCGUGGACGUGGGCAUCACUACGGUGCUCUAUGCCUUCAGUCACCGAGACCGGGGCGUGCUGCAGGACCUGAGGGACUUCAACAUCUUUGACUCGGUGCUGGACCUCUGGGCCGCCUGCCUGUACCGGAGCUGCCUGCUUCUGGGGGCCACCAUUGGCGUGGCCAAGAACAGCGCCUUGGGCCCUCGGCGGCUUCGGGCCUCCUGGACCUUCAUCACCCUGGUGUGCCUCUUCGUGGGUAUUUACACCAUGGUGAAAAUGCUCCUCUUCUCCGAGGUACGCAAGCCCAUCCGGGACCCCUGGUUCUGGGGCCUCUUUGUCUGGACCUAUGCCUCCAUCGGGGCCACGUUCUUCCUCUGGUGGCUGCUGUCCACUGUGCGGCCGGGCCACAGGGCCCUGGAGCCGGGGGCGCCGGGCGAGGGCGUGGGCUACCCCACAGAGGGGCAGCCAAAGCAGGAGGAGGCAUCGGGGGCCACGCUGCAGAAACUGCUGUCCUACACUAAGCCUGACCUGGCCUUCCUGGUGGCUGCCUCCUUUUUCUUGGUGGUGGCAGCUCUUGGAGAAACAUUCCUUCCCUACUACACUGGCCGGGCCAUCGAUGGCAUUGUCAUCCAGAAGAGCAUGGACCAGUUCUCCACAGCCGUGGUCAUCAUGUGCCUCCUCGCUAUUGGCAGCUCAUUUGCCGCAGGUAUUCGGGGCGGCAUUUUUACCCUCGUCUUUGCCAGACUCAACAUCCGCCUCCGUAACUGCCUCUUCCGCUCCCUGGUGUCGCAGGAGACGAGCUUCUUUGACGAGAACCGGACAGGGGACCUCAUCUCCCGCCUCACCUCGGACACCACCAUGGUCAGUGACCUCGUCUCCCAGAACAUCAACAUCUUCCUCCGAAACACGGUCAAGGUCACCGGCGUGGUCGUCUUCAUGUUCAGCCUCUCGUGGCAGCUCUCCCUGGUCACCUUCAUGGGCUUCCCCAUCAUCAUGAUGGUGUCGGACAUCUACGGCAAGUACUACAAGCGACUCUCCAAAGAGGUCCAGAAUGCCCUGGCCAGGGCUAGCAACACAGCCGAGGAGACCAUCAGCGCGAUGAAGACGGUCAGGAGCUUUGCCAAUGAGGAAGAGGAGGCCGAGGUUUACGCCCGGAAGCUGCAGCAGGUGUACAAGCUGAACAGGAAGGAAGCCAUGGCCUACACAUACUACGUGUGGGGCAGUGGGCUCACUCUGCUGGUAGUGCAGGUCAGCAUCCUCUACUACGGGGGCCAUCUCGUCAUCUCGGGCCAGAUGACCAGCGGGAACCUCAUCUCUUUCAUCAUCUAUGAGUUUGUUCUGGGAGACUGCAUGGAGUCAGUCGGCUCUGUCUACAGUGGCUUGAUGCAGGGGGUAGGAGCAGCCGAGAAGGUGUUUGAGUUCAUUGACCGGCAGCCGACCAUGGUGCAUGAUGGGAGCCUGGCCCCCGAUCACCUGGAGGGCCGCGUGGACUUUGAGAACGUCACCUUCACCUACCGCACCCGUCCUCACACGCAGGUCCUGCAGAAUGUGUCCUUCACGCUCUCCCCGGGGAAGGUGACGGCCCUCGUGGGGCCCUCAGGGAGCGGGAAGAGCUCCUGCGUCAAUAUUCUGGAGAACUUUUAUCCCUUGGAGGAGGGCCGGGUGCUGCUGGAUGGCAAGCCCAUCAGCUCCUAUGACCACAAGUAUCUACACAGAGUGAUCUCCCUGGUGAGUCAGGAGCCUGUUCUGUUUGCUCGCUCCAUCACAGACAACAUCUCCUACGGGCUGCCCACGGUGCCCUUCGAGAUGGUGGUCGACGCGGCCCAGAAGGCUAACGCCCACGGCUUCAUUAUGGAGCUACAGGACGGCUACAACACAGAGACUGGAGAAAAGGGAGCCCAGUUGUCUGGUGGUCAGAAGCAGCGAGUGGCCAUGGCCCGAGCCCUGGUCCGGAACCCGCCGGUCCUCAUCCUGGACGAGGCCACCAGUGCCCUGGAUGCAGAGAGCGAAUACAUGAUCCAGCAGGCGAUCCACGGCAACCUCCAGAAGCACACGGUCCUGAUCAUCGCCCACCGCCUGAGCACGGUGGAGAAGGCGCACAGCAUCAUCGUGCUGGACAAAGGGCGCGUGGUGCAGCAGGGCACGCACAAGCAGCUGCUGACCCAGGGCGGCCUCUACGCCAAGCUGGUGCAGCGCCAGAUCUUGGGACUGGAGGCGGGCACGGGGGACGACAGCGGGGGCGGCCGGCCCGAGAUGAUGCGCUUCCCCUCCGGCCACAAGGAGCCCCCGGACGGGCACAGCGAGGUGCCCAAGGCAUGAGGCCCUCCUCCCCCGACCCCCAUCCCCCGCCCCAGGAUGGGAGCGGAGGCUGCGCCGGCAGAAGCACCGAGGGAGGCCCGGGGCAGCCCCCCCAGACCCUGCCGGGACCCAGGCCUUCUCAUUGAAGGCAGAGGCUCAGCCCCCCCCCCAAAGUUGAGCACAUUAUGCUUCAUGCUUCCCUCCUCACCUCCGAAUCCUCCCCACCUCUCCAGGCCCCCUCCUCCCUCCUGGCACCUCUGGGCUGGGCUCAUGGCAGAGCCUGGAGGUGCCCCCCGUCCCGGGCCCUACCCCCACCCCUCCCCGAGUCACAGGUCACUGGGGAGAGGGAUCCGGUUCUCGGUGCCCCCACCGCUGCCUAGGCAGGCCCCCAGCGGAGCCUUCUCCCAGGGGACUCGGACCCAUUUUGGACGGAGGUUUCCUCGGGUCCGCCGGCUGUUGCCCUGUGCAGCUUUCGAUUGUUGUUCCUUAAAAAAAAAAAUCAUUUCUCCAAAAAUAAGUUUAACUAUUUAAGUUAGGAAGGACUCUGGGUAAGCCCCCUGAGAAAUGCCCCAAGCCCCCCUGCUCCUCCCCACUGGCAAACCCAGGCGUGGCAGCCGCCCUCCCCGCCCCGGCCCGGCCCCCUUUGGGGGCUGUCCCCAGGCUGUCCCCGCCCUCCGGGCCCCAGGGGCCGAAUCCUUCCCAGGGAAGAGCGCCCCCUUCACUCCCGAGGCCUCGGGGUAGGAGGGCCAGCCCCCUCCCUUUGUCCCCCUGUCCCGCCUGCUGAGUAAGGAGAGGGGUCGGAGGAGUGGCCACAGGGCCCGGCUGGAGUCAGGGGGCGCUGCCAGUGUCUUCCCCCCUUCCGUGCCGCCCACGCCACGCCAGUCUCACUGUGAACCACGACGAACCUUAACCCUGGGGAGUGAGGGGCCGACGGCGCCGGGCCCAGGGCAGACCCUGGCACUGCCUUGAGGGGGCUGGCACCCAUCUCCAGCACUCUGGCCCCGCCCCUGCCAGCGGCAGCCUCCUCCUCUCCUCCGCCCUCUGCUGUUCGCGGGUCUUCUGGUUGUGAUGUUCUGUUCCCUCGGUUCGUAGGGCUGCCGGGAGGGUCAGGGGGGGUUCAGCCUGUUUGCGGGCUUUCUCGGACCCUCGGGGGCCCUCCUCUCAAUAAAGUACUACCUCUGUCCCUCCA